AUGUCUUCAGGCGGACCAAUUGAGCACACAUGCUUGCGGCGCUUCAAAAGGCCGCCAGAGAUGUUGGCCGCGAGCGCCUUGAUGUCUUGCGCCCUCGUGUGCCUGCCAACAGAAAUCCUUAUCCGCAUAUUCGAAGAGGCGAAUACAAUAGACGCCGUCUGUCUCGCUCUCACCUGUAAGCGUAUUUUCCAAGCCUCGGCCAUGUUGACCAUCAGAGUACCUUCGGUGGCCCACCACAGAGACCUCUUGCCGUCGGCUUGCUCUCACAUCUUUGAGCUUCUCCGGCGAUUCCAGCCUCAAGUUGAUCGCAAAACGCGCUUUUCCGGAAAGAAGAAAAAAUUUGGACUGUGCUUCGAUUGCCUGCAGUACCGACCUCGGAAGAAGACGCAUUGGAGAUGGAUCGCCAGGGAGUAUCGACGGAGCAGGGGAGUGACAGCAGAAUCAUGGAAGAGGGCUGUAGAUAGAUGGUCUAGGACGAGCACAGCGCAGUGUCCGGAAUGUUAUUGCAAGGAGAGGUAUACAGUUUUGCCAGUCCAAGCCAUGUAA